CACACACAAAAUAAUUAAGAUAUAUUUGAUUCCUUUUUUUUCUUCAAGCAAUUACGAUAUGAAUCAAUGAAAUGGACCGCCCUGGUUUUGUCCAGAAAACGCCUUUGAAAUCAAUAGGUGCUCAAGAUAUCCUGAAACUAGAAUUUGACAAAUGUGGACAUCUCAGAAAAGAGGGAGGGUUAGAGAGGACCCUUCUCAGCAAGUUUGUCAAGUGGAGACAAUUCUUUGUCGUCUUAAGAAAUGGAUGUUGUUAUGUUUUCGAUAAUGACCAAUCUACACAAUCAAAAACUGCGUUCUCUUUAGAGAACUAUUGUCGAUUAGAAUGCUUUACCAGAGCAGAUAUGGAGAAUUGUUUUAAGGUUAUCCCUAGGUCCGGCCAUGAGGAACUACUGAAGGAGCACUGCUUUUCUGCCUCCGACAACCAAACGCGACAGGCCAGUCAAACUUCAGUCAUUUUUUAAUCCAUUUAUAUAUUA